CCCUUUACUGACCUAUAUCAAAUUGCGGAGGAUUUCAUUGGUCGAUGUGAAAGAAUUCAAGUUCAAGGGAUUCACAAGCUGAAGAAGAAAUGUCAGUCAGAGUUGAAGUUUCUGCAGUCGUUACGAGGCAGGGCAAAGGUGGCCACUCACCUGAAGAGCAGUAACCUGGGUCACUUUUCAGCCAUCCUACACUGUGUGGAAAACCUGCCUCAGCCAACCACUGUUCUCAAGCCAUUCCCCUACCCUGGCCGUGACAGCCUCCCCAUUGAUGUCAUUGUAGGUGAAGGUCAUCUAUGGGUCAAGGUUAUAGCACGGAAAGCUCAGGCUCUUCACCUUGUCUGGGCAGGUCAAGGUCAGUUUGGGGAGAAGACACUCAUAGACCAAGCCCAGGAGUACCUGCAUCUAGCCACCUUAAAUCAGGUCAACUUCAGAACACCCAGGGUGUGUUAUGCAUUUUACAGCGGCAUUACAAAGCCCAUGGCAGCAGCUUUGACUGAAUUGGGUAUUCUAGUGCUUGGAGAAUUGGUGGAUGUUAGUUUAGAUGUACAGACAAAAUUGUCAUCUUUAGAAGACCUUGACCUAGAUUCAAAGUCUGAUAUUGAGAGUUCUGACCUUGAGAGCUCAGAAGGUGACCUUGAGGAAGGAAAUAGUGUAGGAAUGGGCCGUGAAGGUCAAAAGGUUUUAAUGUGUGGAAAUUCUGAUGCAUUCAACCCUGUGCAAGGAACAGUAGCUGAUAAGAAAAGUGCUGUGGAUGUCAUUACAAGGAAAGUGGACCAGGUUCCAGAUAAAGGUACUGAUCCAGGACAACGACUGGGGACAGUGGAGUCUACAGAGCCUUCAGAACACCAUUCAGACGAAAUAAGAGGAGAAAGCUCUCCACCUUGUUCAAAAGUGGCAGAAACUUGUGUGGCUAGAAAAGCUAUAUUACAUUCUGCCCAGACCUCCCAUAGCUCAUCAGACAAAAGGAAUUGCAUGGCCAAGAACAUUCAAACGGUAGUCAGUCAAAACAGGCCCAAGUUCAGACUGGGUAUGGGCAGGUUUGAUGAAUCUCUUUCUGGCAGAGAUCCUUUGAAACCCUCAGUCAUUUUCGACCCAAGUCCUGUUAAGAAGGUUAACCUUGAUGUGACAGCUCUGAUAGCGUUAAUCUCAGCUGUCACACACGGACGUUGUUAUUUUAUCUUUGAAGAUGACAUUCUGUCCGAACAGGCUGCAGAAGAAAGACGAUGCCCUGUGCUUCCAAAGAUGAAAGAGUUCCUUCAAGGAAAGGACAUGUUCGCCUGUCAGAGCGCUGUGACGGCAUUCAACACCAUUCUGCACACGCUAGGCGGGCCAUCGGAGCGAGCGCUGGCCGCAGAGCUAAUGACACAGGUCACCGUUGUACCAGAUUGCCCAUCAAGCCGGACACAAAGGCUGCCCACUUCGUCCAAAAUCAAACACAGAUCCAAGGUAAUUUUUGGAACCGGUGAUGAAUUGAUGAUGGUCACACUAACGGCUAACUCUGGAUUUGUUCGCGCAGCCAAAAAUCAUGGCGUGAACUAUGCUGUAUUUCUUCAUGCUGCAAGAGCACUGACAGAGGCAAAAGAGAAAGGAGCCAAGAAAAUUGAGGUGGAAACCGGAGAAGCUGUAACAUGAACUGCCUCAGAUUGACAAAUUGAUGUGAUAAAAACAGAACGUGAACGUAGAAAUGUUAAUGGACACGUUCCUUGAUUUUUAUAAAUUUGGUGAACCACAGAAUUAUCGAGGUGCUUAAGCAAGUUCUUGUCAACGGAAGAAAAUGGACAUAUAUGGAAAGUACGAGUAUGUGUGACUUGUUCCUUGCCUUAUUUUGGUUUUACAAGUUUUAUGCUAAGGAAAAGACAUCAAACUGUGAUGUAACAGAAAUACAUGUAUGCCGCAGCAUCUCAACCGUGACAAUGUGAAUUAAUUAAUUUGUUACAAUGAAAACCGUAUGUGGGAUGUGUUCUAAUAUUUAUUACACUUAACUUGAUUGUCCAUGUUUGUUUUUGAUAGUUCGCUAGUUCAUAUUGUUACAUAGAACCAUCUGUUUUUUGGUUACUUUGAACAUUACAAUAACUGUCAAAACUAGACCACUUUUUAGACUUGAGGUCGUGUUAAUAGUAACCUGUUCUACUGAUGAUGGGUAACAUUUGUUGUCCAAACCAUAAUUUCUUGAUCCUGGCAACAAAAAUUCCUCAAAAUUUCCUCAGUUUCUGAUAACUACAAUAAUAAUUCUUGAGCCUGGAGAACAGGAACCAAAGAUUCAGCUUUUUUAUAUGUUUUGUAACACAAAAUCUGGAAACAGGUGUGCCUGCCUUCUUGUUGUCGUCCACAUGCACAUCAACCAAUCAGCCAUCAGAUGGAAAUGUCACGUGAACACUUGACUGUAUGAACGAAAAUGGCGAUAUCGUGCCAGUUUGUUGUCAUAACAUAGCAUAACCUUGGACGUACCAUGUGAACUUAUUUCGUGGCUGGAGUCUUCCAAACAAACAACAAAUAUUGCCCAUGUGCAGGUACAAGUAACUGAUACUCCAGAUCAUUUGACACCGCGAUCUGCUGAAAAUCCCGUUUUCAUUAAGAAAUGUGGGUUGUGAAACACUGGGCUUUUAUUUACACUGUUUGCUGGUUACAAGUUGUUUUAAAGUUUCAAAACAUUACUGAAGCUUCUUUGUUCAGUGCUACUGAUAUUAACCCAAUGGUAAUUGUCUGAGCACACCAUUGUUCAAAUUCACUGUGGGUAAAUUCAAGCCUGACUUGAUUGGUAUGUGGUAAACACACUGUACAUGCAUACAUGUAUUUGUAUUUACAUAAAAACCUUUGCAUUCAAAUAAAUACAAGUAUUGCUUCGUUUUCUGGUGAUAUACAUCAAAGCCACCAGAGGAGGGGCAGAAAGUCAUAUGUUUUAUGUUUCCUUUAUUAGUUUCUUUCUUGUCAUAACUUUAAAUUGUAAACGAUGCAAGCACCAAAUUAAAAUGAGUUUGUUAAGGUGUUAAGUUUGACAAAGUUUGUAAUCAACAAGUAGUAUAGCUAGCGAUGAUUGGAAGAUUUCGAUCAUUCAUGUUUUGUUUUAUUUAUAAAGAAUAUGUUCCUCAUAACAAGAGAAGCAGAUUAACUACUCGUGGCUACUAUUCACAUUUAUUUUUCGGAUGAACGGUAGGCAAGCUUUUACUUUUU